AUGCAGGAAGAAAUAAGUGAUGAGCUACUACCUGGCCAAACACCACAAGAUCGACCAGAUUUGCUUACAAGGGUUUUUCGUGCAAAAUUUGAAGAGUUGAAGAAUGAUGUUAUAAAAAAAGGUGUUUUAGGCAAAGUUCUUGCAUAUGUAUAUGUCAUUGAGUUUCAAAAGCGCGGUCUCCCCCAUGUUCACAUGCUUCUCAUGUUAGAAGAAAAUGAUAAGCUUAAUAGUCCAGAUGAUUAUGAUCAGGUGGUACGGGCUGAAAUACCAAAUCCAAAUGAAGAGCCUAAAUUGUAUGGUGCCGUCUUAAGGCAUAUGAUACAUGGUCCAUGUGGAAUACACAAUUCACGGUCACCCUGUAUGAAACGUGGUAGCUGUAAACGAAAUUAUCCUAAGCCAUUUGCACUAACUACAGUUCAAGGAAAUGAUUCUUAUCCAGUCUAUCGUAGAAGAGACAAUCAUGAUCCAAUCCCAUUAGAUCAUAAUGCACGUAUAAUGGUGGAUAAUUGGUGGGUCAUUCCGUAUAACUCAUGGCUACUCCUCAGAUAUGAUUGUCAUAUUAAUGUUGAGAUUUGUUGCAGCAUUAAGAGUGUUAAGUAUCUGUACAAAUAUGUUUACAAAGGUCCCGAUCGAGUAGCUUUUGAAGUCCAUCAUGAACCUAUUCAAGAUGAAAUAAAGCAGUUUGUUGAUGCAAGAUGGGUUUGUGCACCUGAAGCUUUAUGGAAUUUGUAA